UAUCGAUGUGUGUUGUUUUAAUUAAUACGAAUCAAAACAAACCACAGAUUUUGCAGAAAAAGUUUCCUAAUUUUAAACUGAAGUGUUUUUAAAACAAAUACCGGCAUGCAGUCUGCCGCCCUAAGUUAUGUCCUGUCCUUGAGGCAGAUUGUUUCGCUCGCCAGGCGACAAUGUUCUGUCAAUGCGCAAUCAACGCUUUCCGGCUCCCGAACAAAUUCCCAGCAACGGCCACCACAGGCGACGAAGUCCCUGGAAAAAAUGAGAGGAUGGCAACUUCAUAAUUAUGGAGACAUUGACGAGCUGCAGAUCUCCGAUAAGCUGAAGAUCCCGCAAAUUCGAAGCUCAAACGAGUGUCUAGUGCGGGUCAGGACGACAUCUGUAAAUCCUAUCGACCUGGCAAUGCUCCGCGGGUACGGGGCCAUGGUGCUGAACAAAAUGCGAUGCCUGCCAGGCGACGGCAUCGAAUUCCCGCUAAUAUUGGGCCGAGAGUUCUGCGGCGAGUUGGUACAGACGGGUAUGGCAGUUCCAACGGACUCAUUACCCCUGGGAACCCGCGUCUGGGGAGUGGUCCCCCUGCAGGCCAGCGUUGGAGCCCAUGCGGAGUAUGUAGCCGUGCCUUCAUAUUGUCUCGCUCCUGCCCCAAAAGAACUGGAUGACAACGAAGCUGCAAGCGUUUUGUACGCCGGAUUAACGGCUUGGUCUGGUUUGUACGUCACUGGAGGACUAGGUGGUCCGUGUGGCGCCACCACAGCUGCCGGCGGAGGUGCCCACAAACGUGUUUUAGUCCUGGGGGGGUCCGGUGGUGUUGGCACUUUGGCCAUACAAAUCCUGAAGUCUCAAAAAGUGCAAGUUCUUGCUACCUGCAGUGAAAAUGCCGUAGAUAUGGUCCGAAAUCUGGGAGCUGACAUUGUUGUCGACUACAACAACAGCGCGGCCAUGGAAGAACUUGGCAAGUACGCACCCUAUGACAUCGUACUAGACUGUGCCGGACAAGGAGGUCAGAAAGCAGCAGAAUCAAAAUUCGAUUUCCGGCAGUACAUCACCUUUUCCUCCCCGUUGCUUGCCAACAUCGAUAAACAGGGGCUGGGACUGGGAGCGCUUAAAAAUGUAUUUGAUUUGGUCCAGACCAAUGUUAGGUCCGUCACGCAGCGUGGAGGUCUUGUAAAAUGGGGGUUCUUCAGUCCCGCACCACAAGGCAUCCAAUUUUUACAGAAAUUAGUGGAGCAGCGGAAGCUGAUGCCGUUGAUUGAUAGCAGCUUCGAUUUUGUUGAUCUACCCAAGGCCUUUGAGAAGAUGAAAGGCGGUCACUUGCGGGGAAAAAUUGUAGUGAAGCUCUGAGAAGACUCACAGACUGAUAUUGUUGUUUCUGUUCCAUUAAAGGCUUGUGUUGGUUAAUUAAAUCACAACAACGAACUACUUAGUGAAA